ACGUAGUAUAAGAAAAACACCCCCAGCAGCCUAGCCCAUUAUAUUGUCUAUCUCUCUCUCUGUUGAUCGAUUGAGUCCAUGUCAUUUUAGCAUGUUGUCCAUGUGUGCCUGUGUCGAUCGUUCAUAUACACAGGUCGAGAAGAGAGUGAAGAAGAUACAAAGAACAGGGGAAGCCCCCGGGACGACGACGACGACAAAGAUGAUAUUAUUGAGUAGAUUGCGGGCUGCCGGAGAUAAGAGGAGGAAGAAACCCAAGAUGGGUGAUUGUUGGCGUAAGUUGAUUUUUCCGGUCAGAAAAGUUUGGUUGGCCGUUUCAGCUCGCGUUAAGGCUCGUAAACAAGGUGCAGCAGGCCUUUUGAAGCUUCAUGAUGACAUACAAACUUGUGGGUACGAGGAUGUCCAGGUGAUGUGGGAGAUGCUAAGACAAGCAGAAUCCAAGCUGACUUCUCUUGGGCAUGAUGAUAAUGCAAAUAAUAAGCAGAAACAACACCGACCUUUUUGGAGAAUUUUUGUUUGGUCAAACCACACAAGUUGCUCGUCUCUCUCUCCCGCUAGUCGACCUGCUGCACUAUAGAGUAAUUCUAAAUGUGUGCAAGGAAGACAUGCUGAGGAAUCAUACUAUGACUGUAUGAUCUGUUACAUGAUAUGAGUCCAGAUAUAUUUAGUGUCUAUAUCAGUAUAUGAUAGUGUAAAUUGAAGGUUGUGUAUCUAUUUCACCCUGCUACGCCCCGUACUAAGCCGGCUUUGAGAAGAAAACGCUAGUCACUUGUAAAUAGAAUAUCUCUUCUCACCAACCUGAAUGAUGUUAUGUCACAGAACAGGAUAAUUGAAGGGGGAAGGAAAAUUAUGAAUAUGAUUUACAGCACGUUUCUAAGC